AUGAGCUUCGGUGCGGAGCCUCCUGCACCGGCUCCGGCCCGGGAGCUGCUGGACAUGACAGCUUACUGCGACGGCCUGGGCACCUGCUCCGCCCCGCACGGCCAGCCCCGGGCCUGCGCGCACCCCCAGGGCUACGCGCGCGGAGAUCUGGGCGCAGGAGGCGGUGGCCCGCGCCUGUGGGUGAACGCGCCCGCGCUCAGCCCUGCGCCCUAUGCGUCUGGUCCCGGGGCCGCACCACCCUACGGCUCCCCGGGUUACGCGGCCCCUGGCCCGCUCCUCGGCGCCGCGGGCGGCCUGGCGGGCGCUGACCUCGCGUGGCUGAGCCUCCCAGGCCAGCAGGAGCUGCUGAGGCUGGUGAGGCCACCCUACUCCUACUCGGCGCUCAUCGCCAUGGCCAUACAGAGCGCGCCGCUGCGGAAGCUGACGCUCAGCCAGAUCUACCAGUACGUGACCGGCAACUUCCCCUUCUACAAGCGCAGCAAGGCGGGCUGGCAGAACUCCAUCCGCCACAACCUGUCGCUUAACGACUGCUUCAAGAAGGUGCCCCGCGACGAGAACGACCCAGGUAAAGGCAAUUACUGGACCCUGGACCCAAACUGCGAAAAGAUGUUCGAUAACGGGAACUUCCGAAGGAAGAGGAAACGGAGAGGGGAGGCGAGUGCGUCCCCGGGAGCCCCGAGUCCAGGGGAAGCCGAAGCACACGCGCAGGAGCCCCGGGCCGCGGCUUCCCUGGACCCGCAGGCCUCGCCUUCCCCGCCGGGGCCCGAGGCUGCCGCUUGCUUCUCUGGCUUCUCCUCUGCCAUGGGCGCCUUGACCAGCGGCCUGGGCACCUUCCCCGGGGGCCUGGCGCGGGACUUUUCUUUCGGGAGGCCGACAACGGUGGCCGCUCAUGGUCCCCAGAUCCCUGACCCCACGCCAGUGUUCGCCCCUGGCCAUCAGACGGCAGCCACCGGUUUUCGAGUCAGUCACCUUGUCUACAGCCGGGAAGGGACUGAAGUUUGA